AUGGAAGAAGAGGAGCUGGAAUGUCUCAACCCAGCCUCCGAGAAACGCUACUUCCCCGAAUCCCUGGAGUCCAGCGAUGGCGACGAGGAGGGGGUUCUGGCCUGCGAUGAUCUGGAACUGAACCCUUUCGAUGGAUUGCCGUAUUCGUCCCGGUACUAUAAGCUCCUGAAAGAAAGAGAAGAGCUUCCAAUUUGGAAAGAGAAAUACUCCUUCAUGGAGAACCUGCUGCAGAAUCAAGUUGUGAUUGUGUCCGGCGAGGCCAAGUGCGGCAAGAGCUCCCAGGUCCCUCAGUGGUGUGCUGAGUACUGCCUCUCCAUCCACUACCAGCACGGGGGUGUGAUAUGCACCCAGGUCCACAAGCAGACUGCCGUCCAGCUGGCCCUCCGGGUGGCCGACGAAAUGGACGUCAACAUCGGCCAUGAAGUCGGUUACGUGAUCCCCUUUGAGAACUGCUGCACCAGUGAGACCAUCCUGAGGUACUGUACGGAUGACAUGCUACAGAGAGAAAUGAUGUCCAGCCCUUUCCUGGGGAGCUACGGGGUCAUCAUCCUGGAUGACAUCCACGAAAGGAGCAUUGCCACCGAUGUGUUACUCGGACUCCUUAAGGACGUGUUACUGGCAAGACCGGAAUUGAAGCUCAUUAUUAACACCUCCCCUCUGCUUAUCAGCAAGCUUAGCGCUUAUUAUGGGAACGCCGUGCCUGUCAUCGAAGUGAGGACCAAGCACCCCGUGGAGGUGGUGUACCUCAGCGGGGCACACAAGGACCCCGUGGAGUCCGUCUCACGCCUUAUCUUUGAAAUUCACCACUCUGGUGAGAAGGGUGACUUGGUCGUCUUUCUGGCCUGUGAACAAGAUAUAGAAAAAGCCUAUGAAGUUGUCUGCCAAGAAGGAGCCAAUUUAAACCCGGAUCUCGGAGAACUGGUGGUGGUUCCUCUGUACCCGAAGGAGAAGUGCUCACCCUUCAAGCCAACUGAGGAGGCGGAGAGGCAAGGGCAGGCGUAUCAGAGAAGGGUGGUGCUGACCACCAGCUGUGGGGAAUCCAUGAUUUGCAGCAACAGCGUCCGAUUUGUCAUCGAUGUGGGCGUGGAGAGGAGAAAGGUGUACAACCCCAGGAUCCGAGCCGACUCGCUGGUCACGCGGCCCAUCAGCCAGAACCAGGCGGAGAUCCGCAAGCAGAUGCUCGGGCCUUCCUCAUCAGGCAAGCUCUUCUGUCUGUACUCGGAGGAGUUUGCAUCCCGGGACAUGAAGCCCCUCCAGCCGGCGGAGAUGCAGGAGGCCAACCUGACCAGCAUGGUGCUGUUCAUGAAGAGGAUUGACAUCGCCGGCCUGGGCCACUGCGACUUCAUGAACCAGCCAGCCCCUGAGAGCCUGAUGCAGGCCCUGGAAGACCUGGACUACCUGGCGGCCCUGGACAACGACGGCAACCUGUCCGAGUUCGGGAUCAUCAUGUCAGAGUUCCCGCUGGACCCUCAGCUCUCCAAGGCCAUCUUGGCGUCCUGUGAAUUUGACUGUGUGGAUGAGAUGCUGACAGUGGCUGCCAUGGUAACAGCCCCGGACUGCUUCUCGCCUCUGCCGCGUGGAGCCGAGGCAGCGGCCCUGGCUCGCUGGCAGCCCUUUCUGCACCCGGAGGGAGAUCACUUCACGCUCAUCAAUGUUUACAAGGCCUACCAGGAUGCGGCCCUGCGCGCUGCCAGUGAGCACUGCGUGGAGAAGUGGUGUCAGGACCACCUCCUCCAGUGGGCCGCGCUCAGGACGGCCGACGCCAUCCGCGCCGAGCUCACGGACAUCAUCCGGCGGAUCGAGCUGCCCUACGCGGAGCCCGCCUUCGGCUCCCCCGAGAACACCCUGAACAUCAAGAAGGCGCUGCUGUCCGGCUACUUCGUGCAGAUCGCACGCGACGUGGACGGGUCAGGGAACUAUCUGAUGCUGACCCACAAGCAGGUCGCCCAGCUGCACCCUCUCUCCGGCUACGCGCUCACGAGGAAGCUGCCGGAGUGGGUGCUUUUCCACAAGUUCAGCAUAUCUGAGAACAACUACGUGAGGAUCACCUCAGAGAUCUCCCCCGAGCUAUUUAUGCAACUGGCACCACCGUAUUACUUCAGUAACCUGCCCCCUAGUGAGAGCAAGGACCUUCUCCAGCAAGCACUGGCCCACCUGGCCCCCGUCUCUACCUCCACGACGAAAAAGGAGCAGAAAACGUACGACAAGGGCCCAGAGACUGCUGCUGAACAGCGUUGUGUGGUCCAGUGA